GCGUUAAUGUUCUCUCCGCGAGACUUCACCAUCCUCCUCCUCCUCCUCCUCCUCUCUUCCUUUCCCGAUUUCCCUCGCCGUUCCUUUCAAGGGGACGACGAGCGAAGCCUCCUCGUUCCACCACUAGGAUUCUCACGAACAAUAUUUCCUCAUUAAAGGUCAUAAAUAUUCAAAAUUUUCAAAAUGGGGGUCUUGAAACCGUUCCAACUCUUGGAAAUAAACAUCAUCUCCGCUCAGGAUUUGGAACCAAUUUCCAAGAAGAUGAAAACCUACGCCACCGUGUGGGUCCACCCUACGCGGAAGCUAACCACCGCGGUGGAUGUUGAAGGUGGCAACAACCCUACGUGGAACGAUAAAUUUGUUUUUCGGGUGGAUGAGGAGUUUCUUCGGCAAGAUACCUCAGCCGUACAAAUAGAGAUUCAUUGUGGCCAUUGGUUUAAGGAUUCUCUCGUCGGUUCCGUUCGCGUCCUCGUCGGAAAUCUCAUCCCUCCUCCGGCUCGGACUCACCAUAAUCAUCAUCCUCAUCAUCUUGGCAUGCGUUUUGUUGCACUUCAGGUACGCCGUCCAUCAGGGCGACCUCAAGGGAUAUUGAACAUUGGUGUUGCAUUACUAGAUAGUACUAUGAGAAGUAUGCCGUUAUAUACCGAAUUAAACAAGUCAGCAGUUGGAUAUCGCGAUUUGAUGGAAGAAGAACAGCUCGCUCACCAUAGCCAGAAAACAAUUGCUGAUAAAACUACCACCACCACCAACAACAACAACAACAAUACCAAUAACAAUGUGACCACUAUUUAUACCAAUAACAAUGUGACCACUAUAAAACCAAUAUUGUUACGUACAAAGAGUGAACGUAGCGAACGCGUCAAGUUCGAUGAUGAUGUUCCAAAGGCUAAUAGUUCAAAAGUUGCAAAACCCUCAAAAAAGAAGAAGGCAAAUUAUGACAAAGAAAGCUCAAUUCUUAGUAUUUCUUUGGAGCCUCCACCCCAAAUGAUGGUGAAAAAGAAAGGCAAAGCAAGUUCUGUGAUAAGUGGUGCAGAGUUAAAAGAGAAAUCAAAGCCCAAAGAUAAAAACGGUAGGGCAGGCUCAGUUCUUAGUGACUCAGUUGUAAGCAAAGAGUCAUCUCUUUAUAAUAAUGGGCCUAAAGAAGAUAAUAAACCCAAGCUCAAACUUAUAGCUUUAGAGCUUGAAAACAAAGACAAGCCCACUAAUGAAAAGAAACCUGCCUAUGACCCAUCAACAACUAAAGUAGUUGAUGAAAAAUCUCUCACAAAGCCCAAAGGCUUAUUGGAUGGUGAUAAACAAGUUGAGCCCACAGAGCCAAUAACGGUCAUAGGAAAGCCCAUUCCAAAUUAUAGUGGAUAUGAGUUUGGAGGCCCAAAAGGGCCGGGACACAAUGGAAAAUUUGUAUUUGGAGGCCCAAUCAAGGGAAAUCCUCAUCAUUGGACUGACUCAGAAAUUGGGCCUUCAGCAUCUGAGGUCGCAGCGGCAGUGGCUGUGGCUGAAAAGAAAUACCCAUUGGAUGAUCAACAAAGCUCAGUUUUGGAUGGUUGGAGUUUGGACGAGAGCGUCGAGGGGCUCAGGUCCAAACUCGAGAGGUGGCGGACAGAACUGCCGCCAGUAUACGACCGGGGGAACGCCUCGAGCAGCUACCAAUCGACCGGUCGUCACACGAGGAGGCAUGCACGUGGGUCAAGUGGAUUGUUUUCUUGUUUUGGUAAUAUUAUGGGGUAUGAAUGCCAAUGCAUUUGUGGUAAGCCUAAGAAGAAAUAUAGCACAAGGUUCUAUAGCCCAUCAGUUGGCAGCAGAUCAUUAUUUUGAAAAAAGCCCAAGCCCAAACCCAGGUCAAAUUUUUUUGAAGGCCCAGGUGGAAUCAAAUUGAAUGCUGUAGCAAAGCCCAUUUCUUUCAGUUGCUGAACACCAAUGCUUUCCACUAUUCUUGUUUGUAAUUCUUAACGAGCGACGGAUUCAAGAUUUUAAAUUAGCGCAUGUCGAUACUAUCGUACCAUUUCUCUUUUGUGACAAUGAAUUUCGAGCUUAACAUAAAUAUAUUUGU